CCGCAACAUCAUGGCGCACGAGAGAGAGAGAGAGAGAGAGAGAGAGAGAGAGAGAGAGAGAGAGGGGGAAGAAGACAGCUCCGAUCCGUGCGAGAGCAUGCCAGCCGCAGCAACAGCAGGUUGGGUAGCGCCUGCAACCAGCAGCAUCGGGACGGGUCGCGACCACGGCACACGGCAGUGCUGUUUAAAUGCUGACGCGCUUCGGUUCGGGGUUUCGGUACGGCGUGCGUUUCCCGUGCCAAGAGUGCGCAUACACACGGGGUGGCUAAUUUAAGACGCGUUAAUCGAACCGCGUACUUGCGUGUACGUGUGUGUAUAUGUGAGAGAAUGUAUGUGUGCACCAGUUUGGAGUGAGUUUUUUUUUAAUUUGUUUGCUCUGCUACUAGGAAGUUUUGGUGCAGUUUAUGUGCAUGGUCAGUGCAAGGACGAAAGGUUUCAAAAGAUCGAAGCCUAGCCUAGUGUCCAAGGAUGUUGCGAAAACGUUCUUCGUUAACCGUAAUGCAUAAAGAAUGAAGAAAAGUGAUGUGAAGUGUCUGAAACUGCAGGUCAGUUUGGUGCAUGAAAGAUGAUGCCAGUGUGUGUGUGUGUGUGUAAUUGAUACAGAGAAAAUCCUCUUUACCGCUUUAACGUGAAAGAAAAAAAACACGCCCCUAACAAAGGUAAACGCGUUGAAAGGUGUAGAGGGGUGGGGAGAGCAGGUGCUAAGUGAUCCAAAACCCUGUACCAAUGGCUGGUGUUGUGUUUACACUGUGUCUUCUAUUGCAUCGUUAGAAUUGUGAGCUUGUGAGCGUAUACUUUUCAGUUUUCUUUCGUUUGCAUUAUUCUGUGAAAAGAAACGAAGUGAGUUUCCAGUUGGGAAGUGUACCACCAUCGCCACAUGCCACGUUCAAGAAGAAAAAGAAAAGUGUCCAGUGUGAAUGAUUAUUAGUUUGGAAAAGCACAAAAAAUUAAAAAAAAAUAAUAAUACAUAUCCCAACAUGGUGUCGUCUGUGGCCGGGCCGGUUGCCACAACGCUUCGACGGUGUUGUGCAAAAACGCUACCGGCGGCGCUGCUGUUCGCGCUUAUCGCGCUUUCCGGAAGGAUAAAACCCACCGCAGCCAGCAGUUCCAUCAUUGGCGACGAAAAUGGUCCACUAAUAGACGUCCAAACGGCGGUCGGGCUGGAUGUGUCCUUACCGUGCGAUCUACUGCCAACGACCAUGGCCAUGAUGACGGACAAGGUCUACCUGGUCAUCUGGUACAAGGAGGGCAACACGAAGCCAAUCUACUCCUUCGAUGCACGGGGCAAGAGCCUUCAGCAGGCGAUCCACUGGUCGGACGAGGCGGUGCUCAAAUCGAAGGCGUACUUCUACUACGACACCAACCCACCGGCCCUGCGCAUCAAGGGCGUCAAGCAGGAGGAUGCCGGUCUGUACAGAUGUCGGGUGGAUUUUCACAAAUCGCCCACGAAAAACUGUCGGAUCCAGCUGGAUGUUCUUGUACCGCCGGCGAAGAUUACCAUCCUGGACGAGCAGGGGGCGGCCGUGCUGAACAACGUCGUCGGACCGUACCGGGAGAAUGCGGACAUUAAUAUGACCUGCAUCUCGAGCGGUGGCCAGCCGGCCCCGAAGGUAACCUGGUGGCGGGAGCAUGCCCUGCUGGACGAUUCGUACCUCGUGCUGCCGGACGGUACGGUUAAGAACGUCCUCUAUCUGGAGAAGCUGUCACGCCACGAUCUACACUCGGUUUACACGUGCCAAGCGAGCAACGGUCACGUCGUGCCACCGCUUUCCAGCGCCGUCAAGCUGGACAUGAAGCUACCACCACUGUACGUGCGGAUGCAGGGCUUGCGGGAAACGCUAACGGCGGGCGUGAAGACGCAAGUAUCCUGCACCACAGCCGGCAGCCGGCCGGCACCGAGCGUUGUCUGGACGAAGGGAUCAUCCGUCAUCCGUGGCUCAUCGCAAACGACGUCCAACGACGGAAAUGUCACCGUAUCGGAGCUGGUGUUCGUGCCCGGUCCGGAGGAUAAUGAAAAAUCAAUUACAUGCUCAAUUAGCUACAGCGAGGGAGACGGUCCGACCGUACUGCUCAAGGAUACCCACGUGCUGAACGUCAAGCACGUGCCAGUGAUAUCGCUGGCGCUCGGGGCGCCCCUCAACUCGCAAAACCUGAUGGAAGGCUCGGACGUGUACCUCGAGUGCGACAUCAAGGCGAACCCACCGGUGAAGAAAAUUGAAUGGUUUCACAACAACAAGCUGCUACAGUCGGCACGCGGCAUUAUCGUGUCCAAUCAGACGCUCGUACUGCAGAGCAUCACCAAAUCCACGCACGGCGAGUACAUGUGCCGGGCGUCAAACAGCGAAGGCACCGUCAACAGUAAUCAGCUCUAUUUGGAUAUCAAAUAUCCGCCGGUGUGCAAAUCGGAGGCGCAAAUUAUCCGUGCCGCGGUAAAGCAAACGGUCAACAUAACCUGCGACAUCGACGCCAACCCGAUGCCAAAUCUGUUGUUCCGGUGGCAGUUUAACAACUCGCUCGAAAGUAUGCUCGAGCUGCCACCGUACACGAACGUCGAGUCGGAAGCGGCCAACCUGGCGCUGGCCGAGAUUGACCUCGAGACCAAUCACAUGGGCCCCAGCCUGGAGGAGAUGGUACGGAAGAAGCUGGAACGGUUAGAGCACUCCGUGCGGCAACAGCAGCUGCAGCAGCAGCAGCAACAUCAUCAUCACCUGCUGCACUCGGGCUCGCACAAGGAGGAGGUGCCGCUGGUCGACGGCCAGCUGUACAUGUACCGGGUGGACACGUUCAACAGCUUCGGUACGAUCACCUGCACGGCAACCAAUUCCUACGGCCAGAGUGGACACUGUGCCUAUCACAUACUGGUCGCUGAUGUACCCGAUCCCAUCAAGAGCUGUACCGUGUCGAAUGUGACCGCGUACACCGUGCACAUAUCCUGCGUUGCUGGCAAGGACGGUGGAAUACCGCAGCAGUUUCACAUCGAUGUGUUCGAGGAGUCGAAGCGAAAGUUGCUGCAAAGCGUCAGCUACCAGAGCCCCGAGAUGCUGCUGAAGAAGCUGCCAAGUGACACGAAGUUCAUCAUCAAGAUUACGCCCUACAACCUGCAAGGUACGGCACCGACAAGCUACCGAGUGAAGGCACAAACGCUACCGGCUCCGCUGUUAAGGACGGCUCCAUCGAAGGCCGUGCUCGUGCAGCUUACGCCCCUGCUGGGGGCUCUCGUCGGGGCCGCCGUGACACUCUGCCUGGUCGCACUGUGCAUCAUCGUUUUCGUAAAGUUCAAAACGAAGAAGAAGCACCACCAGACGGCCAGCACCGAGCAGGACAAGGGCAGCGCGGAACCGCUCAGCCGCAACAUCGGCAGCCACUCGAGCAUCGACGACAAGAACCCGGACGUGAUACCGCACGAGAACAGCGAGGACGACGACGAGAAGCAGUUCGAACGGUUGGCGCUGAAUGCGGACGGGCUCAAGUUUGCCGGACACACGGCCACCGCAUCGUCCGGUGCGUACUCGCCCACCCACCACCAUCUGAUGUCGCCGAGCGGGAAUGGCUUCAAGAAGUUCGGUGAGCUAUCGCUCACAACCAACCCGGGCUAUGCGAUAUACAGCUCGCCGAUACGGAGCUACGGUAAGCCGAGCCCUGGCCAGCAGCAGCAGCACCAGCUCGGCUCCCUGCUGCUCUCGACGACGGCGGGCCCCCAGGGCACCACCACCACGACGACGAGCGCACCGGCCGGCGCCAGCCUGCUGCUCACGUCCGGUGGCCCGGGUGCGGUCACCACGCUGCCCACGCGCACCUCGCCCAACAUCUACACAAGACUGCCGCUGCGCGACUUUACGCCGAACAGCUACGACAGCAUGCUCAGCACCUCGCAGACGACCUCCUGUUCGUCCUCGUCGAACGGUGGGUACGCGACGUCGCAGAUCUACACCGCCAAGAUGCCGCUGCUGACGACCAACUACACCGCGCUGGACAGUACGGUCGGGCCCGGGCUCGGUCUCGGCGUCGACAAGUGUUGAUAGUGUGUGUAAAAGGUAAGCCGUGGGGGACGGUGUGGGCACGGCACGUGUGUGUAGCUAGGGUAGCUGUGAAAAGCGACGGAACAUGUAGCCGCCAUGACAUCGAUCGCGGUCGAGCCGGUGCUGCCCGGGUGCUAACGAAUAGGGCAAUGCUUUCCGGGCACAAACGCGGCCUACGUCCUUCGUUUGUGGUUAAGUUUUUGCUAAAAAGCGCUUCCAAUUUUGCAUGCAAAAAGAUGAAACUGCAAACUGGAAGUGAAUUGCUACAACUAAGAUGUGCCAUUUUCACGAGUAGAAGAGGAAAGCAACAGAUAGAGAGAGAGAGAGGGAGUCACGAGAGAGAAAUAGAAAUUAAGGAAAUCCGCUGGCAAACACAGGGUAUACCAGGAAUUGGCGUAAUGGACAUUAAAAUCCAGCCGGACGAGAAACACAAACGCUCAAUUUUUAGUUCCAAUACUCUCCACUAUUCUUAUGUAGCAGAAGUUUCCGGAAUUAAGUUACUUUCACACUACACAAUUGAAGCUUAACUUAGUCUAAUUGGUAGUAAUUUGUUUUUCUUCACUCCUAUCACAAAUCAAGCCUAUUUUCAUACAACUACAACAACAGUAACUCAUCCUUAGUUAGUUUUAUGUUCAUUUAUUUCAACACACUGCUCCUUUGAGUUGUGAAAAGUACACGAAGCACGUGCGAGUGAACUGAUAAUUUAAUGAUUAACUGAGCUGAUCAAUACUGACGAAAAGCGGAAGAGGAACGUGCACGAUCACUCAAUUGAUACAUUUACUGCGCUACACUCGACUCGUGGUGGCCAUGUCAAACGGCUCCCAUAAAACCCCUUAUUCCUUCCCCAUCCUCUGUUAGCUCAUCGGAAGUGUGUAUUUACUCCACAAUGGACCGCUCACCCGGCUGCAAUGCCGGACAGUGGUAACUGUGGUGUGAAACUAACGCUCUUCGAUUUAUGUACAUUACAUUGACACCGCAAUUCGAUUCGAUUAUGUAGCCUGUUGUUGCCUCACCAUUGCCUUGUUCCUCAUAUCAUUCGUUUCGGUGCCAGUGCGACGUGCUCCGUUAAUUGGAACCUACAACCUAUUACAACGCGUAAUUGGGAAAGCUGUUGAACCACUGUUUCACUGUUUGUCUGUUAUCUAUGGAUCGAAGCGUUCACUAGCCCCUCGUCGGCCUGAAUCGAACGUUGUUUUGGAGAAUCAAAAGUAUUAUUUAGUUAAAUUUUUACAGAAACACACACUCUCCAGUUCAGAGUUUAUUUACGGUGCAGAGUAGUAGAAAUAGUAGUGUAGCGUAAUUGUAUGCGUGGGCAAAGGACGAAGGAUUGUGCGGGCUGCCCUCUCCGCACGUGUGUAACAUAAUGGUAGGCUAAGCUUAGGUAACAAUGCGAACGACAAAAGAAACGCGGAGAAGGACAGCAAGGGACAAUAAACAGAUAGCGCCCACGAGUUAUACCGAUAGAGUGUAAGUGUGCAGCAGCACACUGUAUAUAGCACCCCCUCACUUUGUACAUAUCCUAUGCAAAAGAUAGUCUAAAGAAUCAAUUGAACGUGUGGCGUGUAUAUCCAACCGGAACCGGCGCUGGAAGCAUACCCGUAGCGUAGUCAGUACUCAGAGCCGGCCUGAACCGCCGGCCUGAAAAACCGGGGGGAAACAAUUACCUAGCUAACGAUGUAGGUGAUGGAAGGUUAUUUUCAAAUUAAAAAGAGAAAAAACAAACAAAACAAAGUGAUAGGGAAGUCCCCUAACCAGCUAGCAGAACAUGAGUGAGUGAAUGUAAACGAAGAAGCGAAGGAGGAUGGGUGAGUGAGUAUUCCACCCUUUUUUCUGCCAUCGAAGCAUGGGGGUUUUAAAAUCGAAUCGAAUUCUUGUAACAAAUGCAGGUGCAAAAUGCCACCAACCAUGACAACAAUGCCAAUCAAGGACGAUUUCUUCAUUCAAUGUAUCGAUGUAUUCAAUGUUGAGGUGCAUGGUGAGUAAAGAGAGAGAGAGAGAGGCGCAAAUGAGACAAACCCCACAGCACCGGGUGGGUAUGAUCGUCCACCAAAAAAGAAUUAAUCAUCAAACGACAAGCAUUGAGAUCGCGCUAGGAGCUGCUUUUAAUUUGGAUUUUUUUCCGUUAAACACUAAUCAAUCGUUCAUAUAUAUGAGGGCGUACACGAUAUAAAGACGAAGGUGAGGCAGUGCGGCGGGGAACAGGAGUGGCAAAAUAAACAAAGUAAAACUAUUGUGCAGGGAAAGGGAGCGUUCGUUACGGAGAGUUUCAUUUUUUUAUGUAAAAAAAAAACAGAAUGGAAAAUAAAAUGAUGUACAAAUAAACAAGGUUUUUCAGACU